AUGGUCGGAGUUAAGGGCAUCGUACAGCAUCUCAGCUCGCAACAGUUCAUCGUUCUGCGACGACAUGACGUCAACAGCAGCAACUACAGCGACUUCAACAACUACACAACCUAUUGUAACCAUUUUUACGAGGUCUUUGAUGGUUACAAUAAAACUCCCGCUUCACCUUUGUUUGAAAGUAUUGUCGGGAAUCAAGUCAUUAACACGGGCAGGGCCGCCGUUCAAUGUCAGCAAGUUUCAACAAAUUCACCAGUGCCAGUUCUAGAACUUUCCACCUUACCACCAGAUAUAGCAACAGCAGUCACCGCGUCAUAUUUCGCAAAGAUAUCUUUCUCAACGACCUGUGAAAUUGGCAACGAUUUCUGCGGGGGCAAAGGCAAAACGAAACGAAACACGCUUCAAUAUCAAUAG